UUUCACUCUGAGAUCUUCAAUGGUCUGCAUCACACACUGGCCCUACUGGCUCUCAAAGCAGCACUAUCACAAACAGUGACCAUCAGGAUUGUAUUGGUCUUUCUUCAUUUUGUUCUCCUCAGCAGCCAAGCAAGACUGCAGCAACACCUAAACCAAGGUUUCAAUUAUCAGACAAUCAUCACUGACUGGCUGCUGUCUGCUGUUCAAAUGUUGGGAGACAAGGCUCACGGUGUCACUUUGAAGGUUAUGGAAUACACAUAUGAUGAUGACCUGGAAGAGCUGUGUCCCGUGUGUGGAGACAAAGUAUCCGGAUAUCACUACGGUCUGCUCACUUGCGAGAGCUGCAAGGGCUUCUUCAAGAGGACAGUGCAGAACAAUAAGAGGUACACAUGUGCGGAAAACCAGGAGUGUAAAAUAGACAAAACCCAGAGGAAGAGAUGUCCUUUCUGUCGCUUCCAGAAGUGCCUCAACGUCGGAAUGCGGCUCGAAGCGGUGCGCGCAGACCGCAUGCGUGGGGGGAGGAAUAAAUUUGGCCCCAUGUAUAAGAGAGACAGGGCCUUGAAGCAGCAGAAGAAGGCUUUGAUACGAUCCAACGGGUUCAAGCUGGAAAGUGCAGCUCCUCCACCAGCCUCUCCUCUGCAGACUGACUACGGCUUCACCGGUACCGUGCACAGUCUGCCCACCAUCUCGAAAAGUCUGCUUCCCUCCACCCCGAGCUCCAUCACCCCUACAGACUACGAGGCCAACCUCUACGGACCCCCAUCUCUGGGCAUAUCCAUGCAGUCCCACAUGCCCCUUACCACUCAGUACCAGUACACAGCCUUCCCAAGCAGGGCAAUCAAAGCUGAAUGUCCCGACUACACCAGCUCCCCUGAGUCACUGACAGGAUACCCAUACCCAGACAUGUACCCCUCAGCCUCGCCACAGCCGCCUAGCCUGCCGCCGCUGGUGUUGGAGCUGCUGCGCUGCGAUCCAGAUGAGGUGGUGGUGCAGAAUAAGAUUGUUGCUCAUCUGCAGCAGGAGCAGGGUGGGCGGGGGCGGCUGGACAAGCCCAGCACCUUCAGCCUCAUGUGUCGCAUGGCAGACCAGACUCUCUUCUCCAUAGUUGAGUGGGCUCGGAGCUGUAUCUUCUUCAAGGAGCUCAGGGUGGGAGAUCAAAUGAAGCUGCUCCAUAACUGCUGGUCUGAACUUCUGGUCCUGGAUCACAUUUUCAGACAAGUGCAACACGGACAGGAAGACAGUAUCCUGCUGGUGACCGGCCAGGAGGUCGAGCUGUCAUUCAUCCUGUCCCAAGCUGAGGCGACUCUGUCCAGUCUGGUCCAGAGAGGUCAGGAGCUGGCAGCGAGGCUUCGGGCGCUGCAGCUGGACCGCAGGGAGAUUGCUUGUCUCAAAUUCCUCCUCCUGUUCAACCCCAAUGUGAAGCUGCUGGAGGACCAGGCAUUUGUGGAGGGCGUCCAGGAGCAGGUGAACGGGGCUCUCCUGGAGUACACUCUAUCCACCUACCCUCAGUUCCAGGAGAAGUUCAGCCAGCUGGUGGUGCGGCUGCCGGAGCUGCGCUCCCUCAGCACGCAGGCUGAAGACUACCUGUGCUACAUGCAUCUGAGCGGAGAGGUGCCCUGCAACAACCUGCUCAUUGAGAUGCUGCACGCCAAGCGAGCCUGUGUGUGAGGGAUCCACGUGUGUUGCUCUAGGUGAGACUGUGUGUGUGGGAGGGAAAGUGUGAGUGAGAUGAAAACAACCAAAUGAAGAUAGACAGGUUCAUAUUGGGUCAUCCUUGUGAGGGCUUUUGUUUGAGUUAGAGAGGAGAAAAUGUUCUUUAGAGUUUGGAAUUAUAAAGCUACAUCUGUACUCAAGGUAGUUUGAACAUUUUGAAUGUUAAUGUUUUCAUAUCCUGCAGAGCUACAUUAAUGUGACCUUUAAAAACUAGAUUUUCUACCCUGUUUUCACAACUAGAUUUGCCUGUAGAGUUGCAUUAUAUUCUAUUGGACCAAACUACACAUGAAUCCAACAUCACCAAAAAGAUUUUCUACAUCCCACAGAACUGCCCAGCAAACAUUUAGACUCAGAGGAAGAAGCUUCAGCCUGCAUCAGUGCUGCACAGUCAUAAAAAACAUGGUGUCAAAAUGACUGUUAAGAUAUUUGUCAAUAGCUGCUGCCUGCAUCUUUUUGAAACAUCUGCAUCUAAAUAUUGUUCUGAUAUCACUGUAAAACUGUUUCCAAUGCCACUUUAGGAAUUGGGUGAGCUAAUGUACACUUUUUCCAACAGAUUUUGUAGCUUUUUUUCAGAAACUGAAUUUAAGUGUUAAGUCAGUCAUUUUGGACCCAAAUAUCAGAUGCAACUUUAUGAUUUCAAGUUCACCAACACUGUUCUUAGAUCAUUAUUAUUAAUUUUUAGAUUUAAAGGGAUAGUUUGGAUUUUUUGAAGUUGGGUUGUAUGGGAUACAUAGUCAGUGUCUUACAAACAGUAGAUGUCAGUCAGCACACCCCCAGGUUGGAGAAGCAUGAUGGAGUCUGACAUGAAAGCUAGGCAAUGUACUGCUGUGGAGGGAUCAGCAACAAGAUGUAUUAUAGCCACCUAAAAGAAUCAAUAUCAGUUUAAGUGUAUGCUAUAUUAAGAAUAGUUUCACUGCUUUACCUUUCCUUACCUUGUUUUCAAAAUACACUUCCAUUUUCACAGGAAAUGUACGGUUUGCAUACAGUGUCUUUCAAAAAUUAAUCAAACUACAUCGGUAAAACACGUCAAAUUGAGUUUUUUUUUUUUUCUUAAAUAACAAACGCAUGUGGUUAUGUUUAGCUAACACCCGUAUAUGAUUGGGUUUAGGCAACAAAAGUAUGUGUUUGGGUUUAAGAAAAAGAAAAGGGUUUGGCUUUACAAUCAUAUAGGAAAUGAGCACCAGUCUUCUGGGUGAAAGUCGUUGGUUGUUGGUGACUUUAGUGAAUGCGAACUUAACCAGAGUCACACAUUAACACUAACUAACUAACCAGCAGCAGUAGACCAGCAGCUCCUGUGCAGCAUUUUCCCGUUGGAAAUCGCUGUUUGACAUUAGGGUGAAACAGUGAAAAUACUGUCAAUAUAUUGUACACUUAAACUAACAUUGAUUUUUUUUUUAGGUGGCUAAGAUAUAUUUUGUCGCUGACCCCAGUAGUAGAUUGCUUAGCUUACAUGUUAGACUGCUGCCUGCUUCUCCAAACUGGGGGUGUACUGACUGACAUCUACUGUAUGUCAUACACUGUUUAUAGAUUGAUUAGUCACACAUCCCUACUAUAAAAAAUGAAUUAUUCCUUUAAGACAGACUUUAGGAUAACAUGACACACUGUGGUCUCGUUAGAAUAGACUAUCACUUCUGCCCAUAUCUCUACAUUUGUUCUUUUUGCCACCAAUGUUUAAAAAAAAAAAAAAACUAAAUAUGAAAGCUCUAUGGGGUUCAAUAUAGUUUUGUUUUAAUCUAUUUAGAUGUUAAUAUAUUUAUAUAUCAAAGCCAGACAUGUUAAGAACAACACAUUCAGUUAUUCAUUGCUCUUACCAAGAAAAAGAAAAUACAAGGGAGAGAAAGAUGGAUAAGGACAGAGACAAAGAGAGAGGCAGAUUUUAAAAAAGUGAAUGAAAUAGAGAGAAAAACUGAAAACUAAAGAAAGCCAGAGCAGAGAGGUGCAGUAAGAGGAGAUAGAAAAGACAUAUAAAUGACAGUAAGAGGAAUGACAAAGACAGCAUUUUUCUUUCUUUAAGUAAAGAUGCGAAUAGCAAAAGCAAAGCGUCAUAAUUGCCCUUCAGUUUUUUACUGAGGAGCCAGAGAGAGACAACACAGGGAGGGAAAAGAUGCAUCUGGCAACAUUUGGUUUCAAGUUUCUUUGUAAAAUUUAAUUUGUUUGUUGGUCAAUGCCCCAAGAAACAAUAGAUCUUCAAAAAAUGAAGGUGUGGUGUUCACACUCAUGUUUGUGUCACUUUUCAACACACUGCACAGUAUGUGGACUAGAGAUCGACUGAUCUGUGUGCUGAUACUGAUAUGGUUUGCACUGAAGCAGCUGUACCAAUUUACCAAUUUUUUUUAGUAUCCACAAUGAAAAUAACUUAUACAUUAUCUAUAAAAUGUUAAUGCUCAUUUUUUUCUUAUUGUCAACAAAUCUCACAAAAAGAACCCAACAACAAUAUGUUAUUCUGCCUCUCAAUACUCAAUAACUUCCCUACCCUGUCUGUGGCUGUCAGUCUCAAACCCUCUCUCUCAGUAUUCCUUGUUAAACCAACACUGAAACACACUGGGUGCCUACUGAACUCCUACUACUUCAUGUUGUUAUUAAUGUUGACCAGCAAUAGAGAACACAACAGCUGUAUAUAACACACAGUCUGUUUAAUUCACAGCAUCACUGAAGUGCAUGUUAAAUAUAAACUGGUGUGCCAUAAACAAAUGUGGUUGGCUGUUUGCCACUUUAACAGACUGGAGGAUGAUCUGAGUUUCACGUGUCACUUGUCUUUAGUAAACUGGGUCUGCAGUUGAUGUUUUUACUCAACUGUAUUGCUGUGAACUGAUCAGGUGUAGAAUAUGUUGGUGGCCAAAACAUAACCUGUUCUCACAGAAAUAUAUGAAAUGACCACAACCUCAUGCAACAGUUUGUGUGACAUCUUACGAAUUAGUGACCCUUGACUGAUGUAACGUACUUAACAUAAAGUUAGGCUACGUACUUAAUGUAAAGUUAGAUAGAUUAAGUUUAGGCAAGUAAAGUACUUGGAUUGAGCCUGUCAGUUCUUAGAUUUAAGAAAAGAAACAUGGUGACCAUGUACCUUAAAAUAAAUUCACACAAUUCUGAACACCAGUCUCCUGGGGGGAAAGUCUUGUUUUUUGUGACCCAUCCACCACCCCAACUUGCCUCCUUAAGAGGACUGCUCGCUGCUUUACUCCCGCAUUGACAUUUUUUCCUUCAACAACAAAUGCAAGUGGUCACGUUUAGCCAACACACGCACAGGAUUGAGUUUAGGCAACAAAAGCAUGAAAAAAAGAACAGGAUUUGGCUUUACAAUCUAACGGGAAGCAAACACCACCCUCCUGGGUGAAAGUUGGUGGUUAUUGGACCCAUCCUCCACCCCUCCCACCCAUCGUACUUAGAAUUUCACUCCCUUGAAUUUCAUUGUCCAGGGAUGGAAACAGUGCAGUUAGAAAGGCAAAAGGAUCAUUUCUCAUAGUGGACACUCUAAUCCUCUGGUUCAACAUUGUCACACGUUGGGCAGUGGCUAAUCAUACAACCUCAUAAGUAGUAUAAAGAGGAAGAACAUCUGCGUAGGGAGGAGGCUGGAUUUUUAAGUGAGAGACUGCUGUCUGUGGUCCAUGUGAAACUAAAAGUCAACGCGGACUUCAUUUAACUUAACAUACUUAUGUCUCUUACAUUAUGUCCUGUAUGUUACAAACAUAGUUGCUUUAACCAAAAACAAAAUCUUUUUCAAAACCUUAAAAAGUAGUUUUGUUGCCUAAACUUAACCGUGCUGCCACCACUUAAUGCAGUGUUCAGAGGUCAUGGACAUUUCAUUUCAUUUGGAUACAAAUAAGAGCCAGUACAGACAGCCUCUCCUCCAAGAUCAGCAUUAGUGCUUAUAGUUUUAAUGUGCUGAUUUGACCUUGUCUCCAAAGACCUGCAUUUAUACAAAGCGCAGAAUAUUGCGUCCAGAGUCAUAUGUAUGGUUAGACUCAUACUCAUUUGUUAAUUUUUACGGAUGGGACGGAUGGUUCACUGGAGUUGUACCUUGUAUGAUUUCAUGUGACAAAUUAUUGAUAGAAUAUAGUAUAAAAUAUUUGAUUUUCUGUGCCCUAAUAAUUGCCAUGGUCUCAGAGCAUAGGAUGAGGCAGACUGGUUUUGAGCUUCUCAUCUGUCCAUUCUUGAUUAAAAAUUGCUAAUUUCUAUCUUAUUUUCUCUCCGUAGAACAUGUGAAAUUAUUUUUUUCUGACUCUCUCAUUUCUCUGACUGUUGUUUCCAUCACAUCUCCCCCGUGUGUGUAUCUCAUUCACUUGCAAUGUUUAUUGGAAUGCACAGAUUUGAUUGGCUGAGUAGCAUCAUGUGAGAUUAUUUGUAUUAUUUGUAUGCAACUGGACUGUGAGUUUGCUGGUAGCUCAACCAGUGCUAUGAACUCUAUACCAGCUAAAAUAGAAACACUCCAUUAAAAUUUAUUGAUUCUUCACAAUUUAUUGUUUAGAGAUCUGGGUUGGCAUCUGGGCCCGGACCUGGAGGAGAGGGAUGACAGCUUAACAAGAGUGAAGUAUUUUGCAAAUUUUUCUUACAAGGGGAUUGUGUUCCAACUGAAAUCGCCUAUGGGGCCUAUAUUUGGCUCAGGUUAGGAGAUGUGGAUUUUGGUUAAAUACUGAAAAAGUAAUCAUCCCACCUUAUGGUUGAAGUUGUUCCUCAAAAUGGUGGAAUUAGCUGUCAAUGAGCACUGGGGCUGGUUGCACAAAACACCUUAACUUAGGAUUUUAAGUCUGACUUAAGGUUUCCUUACAAUGAAAUCACUUCCACCAUACACCCUUUAAUGUUCUCCUUGAGGUUUCCUUCAAAUGUAAGUAUUUAAGGUUUUUUCCUUAUCUUGGUCUUAUACUCAAGGAAUCUCUAAGCCAUUGCACAAAAGACCUUAGCAACCAAAGUAAGGGGGAAAAAAAAACAUAUGGUACCUCUUAAUCUUAACUGCAACAUGGCUGAGUUUAUGGCAAUAAACAGCCCAUUCUCAUUCUGAAGUUGUUGAAUACCACCACUUUGUCAGUGAUUUCAGUGUCAGACACCUGAAGCCAAAAGUCACCUUUCAUGGUGUUAGGAGACAACAAACCUAGACUUUCAACUGGGAGCCCACUGUACACUUCCAGUAUAAAUGUAGAGCCACACCAUAUGUCUAAACCUAAACAUGUGCUUUUAGCCCCUUUUCCAUCAACAUUUCCAGGAACUUUUAUUUCCAGGAAUUUAUUUAACUGGGUAAAAGAAUUCCUGGUAAUCUGUGCGGUUUGCGUCUCCACCACACCUCAAAGACUUAUUCAAAUCAGUCUGAUGACAUAGAUGAUUUGGCAUGUGCCCUGUAUGUUGCUUCGCCAGUUUGUUGGCUGGUAACAUGGUAACAUUAGUGCUGGGAGAGAGAGGAGGGGCUGUUUGUCUCAGCCAGCAGCUAAGUUUAAAAGUAUUUUAAGAUAAGUGUCAAACUAAGUUAGUCAACAUACAGACAUCUGUCAUUUUAGCUUAUUAGUAACAAUUCGCUAUCAGCCGAACUAGCGUGAUGUCCUUGUGUAAGACAUAACGUAAGUGUUGGUGGAUUAGAGCUUAGAUCGGGCCCAAAAAAUUCAGCCCGACCCCACCCAAGCCUGUGCAUGUUCUGUCCGAGCCAGGCCUGUCCUGUCCCUUUAACUGUAAUUAUGAGCCUGAGCCCGGUUUAAAUCCAACUUUUUUUUAAGGAUAUGAACGUGGACAUUGAAGGCUGACUCUCGUCUUUCUUUCCAUGGCAAGCCUUCGUCGUGUGCCUCUGAAGUGUCGAGGUUCCCGUCUUUUUGCUGUCAUAUACCAGCAUCGCGUUGCACUUGGUACACUUGACAAAGCUGACACACACGUUGUCACCGUAGAUCACUCACAUGUGCGCGGCCAGUGGCGCCGUCAAGGGUGUGAUAAGUAGUUGGUUCCAUCCUAGGUCUAUUAUGAGGAGCCUGACCCGUCCAAGCCCGAGGAUAGUCGCGGGAAAUUAUGGCUGGGUCCUGGUCAGGUCCGGGUCGGGUUCGGGCUCGGGCAGAGAAUCUAAGCUCUAUGGUGGAUGACAGACUGUGGACAGAGCAUAUUGAAUAUGACUGUCUGCAUGUUUACAUGUUCUUGCUGAACAGGGCCAUCGCAACUGGACAGGCACGAGCUGGAAGGGGGCCCCCAGAGACGGCUGACAUUGGUCCAUAUCAAUGACAAUAUGAUGGAACCCCUAUAGACACUGCAACAACCACAACAUGUUGGAAUCUCCCUUAAUGGGGCCCCCUACUAGCUGCUGCUUGCCAGUGGCAGUGGAAGUAAGGUGACCAGACAUCCCGCACUGUGCGGGACUGCACAGCAUUUCUGUCUCUUUUCAUGCGUCACGCAAAUUGAGACCAUGUCCCGCAUGAUUGGUUGCCACCCACUCUACCAUUGUUGGAGUACCAUAGUACUAUGGUACCUCACAGUACCACUACUGUGGGAUAAGUUCAAAGUCCAAUCGCAAGAGGGUGAGUGUCCAUGCGCUGUUCAAUAACGGCAUGCGCUGGCCACCUGGCAUUCACUAUGCUGCUGCAGUAGUUUGUAUACAGUGACAUUUCAGGUAUUAGCUAUUAGCUAUUGAGCUAUUUAGUAUCUUUGAGCAGUGAAAGUUAUUAUUUAUUUCUUUUUACUUGUAGGUUAGAUUUGUUUAUAUAUGCUACAGUGAUUUGUUUUCCACAGAGCUCUACAGUGCCAGCAUUUUACUCGCAUUUGCAACUAAAAUUAGUUUUGUGCAAUCAAAACAAAUCAUUCAGGAGCGCGCUGUGUGAGUACAGAUUUCAACCAGCAGCAGAAAUGAAAGGCGAAUCCUGCAGCCUCCAAGGUGCCUCUUGCCUGGGGCCCUCAGAGGGUCUUGAAACAGCCCUGUUGCUGAACACAUGUAUUGAUAAAUUAUUGGCUUCUUACUCGCUAAGGUUUAAUUGCACUUACAGUAACGAUUGUAGCUGCCAUCAACUCGAGUCAUUUUCGAGUUAGCUUCACUUUGUUUCCACCAGGGGGGCUUGGCUGUUCAUAGAUUACGUGUUGGCACGCGCGCAUGCGCGUGUGCGUGUGCGUGUGUGUGUGUGUGUAAUGUGUGUGGAUGUGUGUGGAUGUGGAGGAGUUCAGCGCCAGCACAGAGGGCAGAGAAGAGGCUGCAGGAUGACAAUGAAUUAAACCAAAAUGUGUAAAGGUACCGAUAAAAGAACUGGUACCGUUCGUGCUUAUCACUACGGCCUUUGAAAUUUAGUCCUGGGCCUACAGCCACACUGGCACGGAGGUGUGGAACGCUGCAAGUGUGUGUUCCACCAAUCAGCGUUGUUCAGCACAUAGCCCCGCCCCUCAAGAAUUCUGGGGAAUCUGAGAAGUCCUAGGUGCUUUUUUCAGGUAAAGUUUGGGAUUGAGGGAAAGUUUUUUACCUGGGUAAUUUUGGUGGAAACGCGCCGAGGUUUUAAAAUGUACCAGGUAAAUGAUAAAAGCUCCUGCGGUGGAAAAGGGGCUAUAUUGUUGCCUAAACCUAACCACAUGCUUUUAUUGACAUGCUGGCAUUGGUUGCAGUGUCAUAGGAUGUCAACAGCGUCAUACUUAAGGAGAAAACUUAAGGUGCUUUCUGCAACUGGUUCCUGAAUCACUUUAAAUGAGUACUGCAAUUCAGUGUUCUGGAACCAGUCUAGGAGAGACAGUACUUAAUACAUAUGAUGCUUUCUUUAUUACUUGAUCAAUGUAUGUCCCAUAUAAAUAAUUAAAUAAAACCACAAGCUAAUGUUUAAUACAUGUAUUAAUACACACAUUUUUUUCCUUGUUAGGUUGACGAAUGUAACCAUUGUGGGUCACUAAUCUCUACUGAUAAGAAUAUCUUACAUAUUUCUGCAUAUUGUAUGCAUUUUAAACAAAGUAUCUUAUCAGACAGCCAGUGGACAACACUACAGGCCUUAUCGGCUCCGCACAUAGUAUCAGAAACCCACACUGCACUGUGUAUUUGUAGCAGUCAGUGGUUUAUCUGUGGCACUUACGAUGUUGAAAAGUAACACAUAUUUUGUCCCCAGAUUUAUGAAAAGUGACACGCACAUGACUCUCAACAAUGAUGACAAUGUAACUGAUAUUCACUGUCACCAAGACCAAGUGAAAAACAAAGACACAGUCAAGGCAGUGUUUGUAAUAUUGUGCAGCUCAACUUGAUCACUGUGGACUUUGAAAAUCAUUCCUUGUUUGUCCAUUUCAAGGUGUCGUAGACAAUCACUCCGCCUGCCUUAACUUAAUGUCUGCCUGAAAACACACACACACACACACACACACACACACACACACACACACACACACACACACACACACACACACACACACACA